GCGACAGACAGACAGUGUAUGUCAGCAGAGAGGGGAGCACAUGGCUUUGUCCCGUACUGUGUUGUGUUGUGACAGUGAGAGUGCGGUUUGAAGGGGGAAGAGAGCGCCCCUCUCAUAUCCCUUAAACCGCAGAAGAAAGGACACAAAGAAAAUUCACUCACUCUGCCCCCUUUUUAUUUUAUUUUUUUGGAGGGGGGGGGGGAUCCCAUUCAGUGUUUUUCCUUUCCUUGCGAUUUUUGGCCAUUUUGUGACCACUGUCUGGCAGCUAGCUCACAGACUCAUCUCAAAUGAAAAGCAGCAGCCGUGGUUUUGCUUAACUCUGCGGUGUUACCGGAACAUUCCCCGCUCAGGAUCUUCAUGCGUCGCAGAGAGGGAUUGACAACCCAGUGGACAUGGACAGUCUGAACAGAAAUGUGCCCGAGUGUGGACGACAGACCCACCAGGUGUUACAGAGCACACCGCUGGACCUGGUAGAGACGGGGAAGGGGCUCAAAUUCCAGGCAGAGCGCCCCCAUCUGGUUAGCCUCGGCAGUGGACGCCUCAGCACAGCUAUCACGCUGCUUCCCCUGCCUGAGGGCAGGACAACAUUGGGCCAUGGUCCCAUGGAUAUUAACAUCCAGGGCCCUGGUGUGGCGGCCCAGCACUGCUACAUAGAGAACAGGUCAGGGGUCAUUACCCUUCACCCCUGCGGCAACCCCUGUGCUGUUGACGGGCUCCAAGUCUGUCAGCCUGUUCGCCUGUCACAAGGCUGUAUGCUGUGUUUUGGCCAAUCAGCCUUCUUUCGCUUUAACCACCCUGAGGAAGCCUUAAGGAUGAAAAACAUGAUGCCACAGGGAGGAAACGGUUCUACCAGGAACUACAGACUGCAUACAGACCCAGAGAGCUUGGUCAAUGGGAAUCACCAACCCAGUCCAGCCCAGUCUCCCUCAGCAGCUGGAGAGAAAGUCCAGUCUGAGCACAGUGCUAUUGUCAGCUCUAUUGAGAAGGAUCUUCAGGAUAUCAUGGACUCCCUAGUGAUGGACGACCCCCAGCCUUCAUCAUCAGAGGCUAAAAAACCUCCCGGGAGCCAGCCCAUCCCCCACUCCCUUCUUUCUCCCAUGGUCAAUGGAGGUGGGAGGUAUCUGCUCUCCCCUCCUACCAGCCCAGGGGCUAUGUCUGUGGGGUCUAGCUAUGAGAAUACAUCUCCUCCAUUCUCUCCUCUUUCUUCGCCUUCAGCUGCUAGCAGUGGGAGCUUUACCAGUCCCUCUCCAAGUGGAGGACCCCAGGACCAGAGUAUUUCUCUGCCGCCAGUGCCUGCACGCUCCUCCAGCUACAACUUCACCGCCCAGCCUCCACCCAUACCCCAGCCACGGACCAUACUACCUAACAAUAGCAGCAGUGGGGUGGGCCAGAAAGUUCAAGAAAGCCCCAGAUUUCAGAGGAAGGUUCUAUUAGAGACUCCUCCAAGCCCCAAAGCAGGCCACAGAGGAUUUAGCCAAGAUGGGCCUGAGAGCCCCAGACAGAUCCACUUACUCUCCUCCACUGAAUCACUCAGUAGUAGAACCAUGGUGCCAAGCAGCCCCAGACUCACUCCUAAAUUCCCCACCUGUCCAUCCCCAUCCCCUUCCAGUCCCAGGACCAAGGCAACCAUGGUUCUCCAAGACCGGCCUGCCAGCCCCUUCAGAGAGCAGACAAGUCUUGCUGACCACUCACUCACCUCAAGCUCCUCCAUGCAAAUCUCCCAGCCCACCAGGGCCUUUCAGCCCCCACUGGACCCCAUAGUCCACAUCAUCCAGGGCUCCACACUUCAACAGCACCAGCAGCAUCCACGCUCACUACAGCCCCCUGAAAGCCCUCGGGUAGCCAGAAGAAAUAUGGAGCUGAAUGGAGGUAGUGGAGGUGGGGGCAACAGUAUGAGAGAGCUGCCUCCUCUUAGCCCUUCUAUGGCCCGGAGAGGGGUCCCUGUACUCCCUGGGGCACUUCCAGGGACAGUCCCUAUCCUGAGAACCCCAGACAGCCCCUCGGGUCUAAGCAAGCUGGUCCCGGAGAGCCCGAGGCUCCGUCGCAAGAGCGGGUCCCAGGCAGAGGAGCAGUUGGGUGGGAGGGGCAUCCGUGCCCGUAGUCCAUCACCCACCUCACUGAUGGUGGAGGGUAGUGGUUGUGGUAGUAGUGGGGUAAGGAAGGCCAGUUUUGGUAAUGCCCUUUCCCCUGCUUAUAGCCUGGGUUCUCUGCCUGGCUUGUCUCCUGUGGCCAGCCCCAGGGGCCACAGAAAAAUGUCCACGGGUCCCAGGGAGCUAGGGAGACCCCACCCUGGGAUGAGGGAAAGGAAGAACAGCAUCACAGAAAUCAGUGACAAUGAGGAUGAACUGCUGGAGUACCACCGGCGCCAGAGAGAGGAGAGACUCCGGGAGCAGGAGAUGGAAAGACUGGAGAGACAGCGACUGGAGACCAUCCUCAACCUGUGUGCUGAAUAUAACAAAAGUGAUGGGUCUGCGGUGGAGACAUUAGAGAGCGGGAGAAUGGGCUUCCCUGGGGCUGACAGCUGUGGGCUGAGGCCCUCCAUGGAGAAUGUUCUGGGAGGGACACCGCACUCGUCCAUGCAGCGUCUGGCCCAGAGACAGAGGGAGAGCGAUGAGGAGAACCUGAAAGAGGAGUGCAGUAGUACUGAAAGCACCCAUCAGGAGGUGAGGACAUCUCCUCCGACCACAGCAACAGCACUGCCUAAUGGAGUCAGACAGCAUGAGGACCCAUCUUGUUCUGGUAGUGUGGGUCCUCUGGAGCUGAGCUACCUGGAGGAUGAGCGGGUUCGGGUUCUGGCCAGGGUGGAUGAGCUUAAGACCCGCCUGACAGAGCUGGAGCAGCAGCUCCAGGAGUCCAAACAAGAAGCUGAGAUGGAGUGUGCCUUGCUGCAGGGCGAGAGGCAGGCAGAGCUUGACCAGAUAGAGGCGGAGUCUGACAUCAUUGCUCAGCUGCAGAACAAGCUGGAGGAGCUGGAGAACGCCAUCCAACGGGAGAAAGACAAGGAGAGGGAUAAUGUUGAGGCUGAGCGUCGGGCCUUGCAGAGCCUCCAGGAGGGCUACGCUGAGCUGAAGAACCAGCUUCAUAACUGUCCCGAGUCUCUGCGGGAACAGUUGCAAGAACAGCUCAAAAGGGACGGUGAGACGUUGGAAGCGGGCACCAAACAGUUUGAGGACCUGGAAUUCCAACAGUUGGAGAGGGAGAGCAGCCUGGAGGAGGAAAGGGAGACCAUCAGCCAGCAGCUUCUGCAGGAGAGGGCAGAGUACCACAGCAGUGUGGCCAAGAGAAAGGAGAAGGUGUCUGCCCUGGAAAACCAGGCCAACCAGCUCAGUCUGCAGGCCUCUCAGGAGUGUGACCGGCUGGCCAAGGACAGGAAUCUCACAUUGCAGAUGCUACAAAAGGAGAAGGAGAGGUUGUCAGCCCUGGAGAAGAGGUACCACAGCCUGACCGGUGGAAAAAGCUUCCCCAAGUCUUCCAGUGCCAUGAAGGAGGUUUUCCGCUCGAAGCUGGAUAGUGAUGCGGGCCAGGCGAUUCAUCGCCCUAAAGUAGGUUCGGGAUCCCCCUUACAGCAUGGCACUGCAACACUGGGACGCAACACAUCCUCUAAGAGCCCUCUGAUGGCAGCAAACAGCACAGGCAGCCUUCCCAGGAACCUGGCUGCCACCCUGCAGGAUAUUGAGACCAAGAGACAGCUAGCCCUGCAACAGAAAGGUCAGCAGGUGAUUGAGGAGCAGAGACGUCGUCUGGCUGAGCUCAAACAGCGUGCCGCAGCAGAGGCACAGUGCCAGUGGGAGGCCCUCCACGGCUCCCAGACCCAUCUCUUCUCCAAUUCCUCCUCCCCCUAUUCCUCGGCCAUGGCCUACACUCCUGGGUUGAGCCAGACCUCCGGAGGCCCCCCCCCACUGGUGCACCACUCCAUCUUGCAUCAUCAGCCCCCAUCGGCAGGCGAGCAGCCCUACGAUACCCUGAGUCUGGAGAGCUCUGACAGUAUGGAUACCAGUGUGUCCACUGGCAACAACUCAGCCUGCUCCCCAGAUAAUAUGUCCAGUGCCAGUGGAAUGGAUGCCCUGAAGAUUGAGGAGAUGGAGAAGAUGCUGAAGGAAGCCCAGUUGGAGAAAGCCCGGCUUAUAGAAUCACGGGAGCGAGAGAGCCUAGCACGUCGUCAACUGCUGGAGGAGGAAAGGAGGAGAAGGGAGGAGGCGGAAAAGAGACUGCAGGACGAAACUUUCCACAGACAGCAGCUGGUGGAGAGGGAGGUCAAAAUGAGGGCCAAGAACUUAUCUCAGGCCCGUCCUAUGACACGCUACUUACCCAUCCGGAAGGAGGAGUUUGACCUGCGUUCCCAUGUCGAGUCUUCAGGUCAUAACGUGGAUACCUGUUACCACAUCAUCCUGAAUGAGAAGAUGUGUAAGGGCUACCUUGUCAAGAUGGGUGGAAAAAUCAAGUCCUGGAAGAAACGCUGGUUCGUCUUUGACCGCCUCAAAAGGACCUUUUCCUAUUACGUUGACAAACACGAGACGAAGCUGAAGGGCGUGAUCUACUUCCAGGCAAUAGAAGAGGUCUAUUACGAUCACCUUCGCAGUGCCACAAAGAGCCCCAACCCGUCGCUGACGUUCUGUGUAAAGACCCAUGACAGGCUGUACUACAUGGUUGCUCCCUCGGCAGAGGCCAUGAGGAUUUGGAUGGACGUCAUCGUGACAGGAGCAGAGGGAUAUACACAGUUUAUGAACUAAAACACCAACACCCCCCACAUACACACACACACUGCUGUGUCCGACGGCAGUGAACAAGGUGACAACGAGACCGUUUCGGCAGGGACUCUUCCACCACAGACUCUGUAGGCCCUCCUUUUUUUUUUUAAAACAGCCCUCUCACACUAUCCCAAUGCUGAUGGGGGGGGGGGCCUUGUUUUGUCACUUUUCUUUUUUUAUUUUUUUUUAUUUAAAAUCUUCACUUUUUUACUGUACACAUUUUCAUCACUGCAUUUUCUACCUGAUUCUAGUUGGAUUGAAAAAGGGAGCCCGUGGAGGACACACACACACAAACUCCUUUUGUGUAUAUAAACCAAAAUGUAUACCUGUCAAAGACUAAAAAGCCUUUCUAUAUUGCCAAAUGGAGAUCUUGUUAUAGUUAUUAUAGCUUAAUUCUUUUGUAUUGUUUUUCUUUCUUUCUUCUAUAAUUUUGUACCCAUCACCGAAAAUUGCCAAAUGACGUAUUGCCAAUGUUUUUGUUUUUUGUUUUUGGGUCGCUCGUCUUUGCUUUUAACAGAUGGUUAUCACUUGGUAUGCCUCACAAUGACGAUGGAAAAAUGACUUCAUGUAAUCUUUACUCAAAGGUGUAAUUAUUUUAGAAAUAUAUUUCAAAAGAUGCUUAUUUGAAAUGUUGUACAAAUCUAGAGAUAGUAGAAGUCAAUCACUAGGGACACGGUAACGAUCCAGUUAUUUAUCUAGAGGCAGUUACAAGUCUGAAAAGGAUCAGACUCGAUAUAGCCAAACUUAGUGGAGGAUCCACCGAGUGCACACCAGUCAGCUCACGUUGUUACCCCAGCCUAUUUAGUCUUACACCACAACAUCUUAUGCCGUUCAUAGGGCUUUUAUGGUACCCUGAGCUAAACCUUGCCCAUGCUAUCCAAAUACCCCCCCCUUUUUUUUUUCUUUUGUACACCACACCUCAGGAGUUAAUAUACUCUGGCGUUCUCACACUCUCAGUUGAUCUGUGAUUGUUGGGAGCAGGACUGUCGCUGUCUACUGUACUGUACGUUUCAUAUUACCAACUACGGUUCGGAGCCGCACAUCGAUGUGUGCACGCAUAUACAUGUGCUGUAUAGGAAAAUUCUAGUCUGUUGCCAAGUAAUGCUAUCUUGAUCUAACUCGACCCCCCCCCCCCCCAACUCUGAAAGCAGCCAUCAUCACUGCCAGCCUAAAUCGACAACAGCCGGAGGGUGUCAGCGAGGCCACGUUUUGCAGGACUUUGUGGACCAUUUCAAAUUGAUGAUUUAUGGACUAAUGCAAUUCAGAACUGUGCCUUGAUAAAAUGUCGGUUACCUUUUCUGUCCGUCUAGCAGAGCUUUGCUGGAAGGCUACAAUCAAGCGUGCGUUUUAUUUUCCCAUUGUUGAAAUUGACUGUGGACAGAUCGUCUCCACCAUGACGAGGGAGAUUCUGCCAGCCGGCGUCGUUCAACAGCGGAAAACAAAAGGCCUUGGAAACAUUUGGAAUCUCUUAAUUUUGCCACUUCAGUGAAAUAUAUUGAUGUAUUCCAUUAUCCAUUUGUCAGUCAAGACACCCCCCCCACUCCCCCCAACGUUGGCAAAUAAAAUCACGUACUAUUGCUGUUGUGAACUUGACACUUGUACAAUGACACAAAGUACGUCUGUCUUUAUUACCAAAAAAAUAAUUCAAGUCUGGGGAUCUCAUUCCCGCUGUGACUCGGGGCCUGAAUACACGAUGAGGAGGAAGCUCGACUGGGUAAGCCCAGUGUCAACAUUAUGGAUUGUUAUUCAUAACAUCCCAUUUAAUCGGUCAGGCUGUAAAACGUGACAUUUUUUUGUAAUUGGAUACCGUUUCGUGGUGACGGUAGGAAGAUGCGGUGAUUUAGAGCAUGUGGAACUGUUUAGUUUCAUGUGUUACACGUCUGGUGACUUCUGGUAUUAUAUGGUUACGAUGCCCGAGUACUAGUGAGCAAUGCUUUCUAUGGAGAAGACUAGUGAAAAGACCUUAAUAUAUAUAUGUUUCCCCCUUGCCUUUAUGUUUCCUUACACUGUCAUAUGUGCAAACCAAACUAUUCAGCAUUGACAAGUUGGUUCAAUCAAUCUGUUGAUAGUAGGUGGUACACACAAUAUUCAUGUUGAGAAGAGAGGAAACCAUGGGGCAAAAAUACUGCCUGAAUGAAAAGUCAUUUUCACUAUUAAAACAGUAUUCUACAAAAAAAAUACUAUUUUUUACUUAUUUUUGUCAUUUAGAAACUUUUAUUGUCAGUUAUUUGAUUUUUUUUUUUUUGGAAAUAAUGUUUUGUUUUUUUUUUAUUCGUAGGUACAGCAGAAAGCAAAUACACACAAGCACGUACACACAGGAUAACUCAUCAAGCACUCCAGUAUUUCAACACACCACAUUUUAUUUUCCUUAAACGUAGAGCCUGUUAGUCCCACACACACAUACUCACAGUGACUUCCCGGACCAUACACUGUUUUAACGGUACUCUGUGCAUCUCGUGCGUCACUUUCACAUGUGAACAAUAUCAUGUUUGUUAAAUCUAUUAAAAACCCAACAGUUAUUGAACAA